AUGAAGAACGCCUACUGCGAGAACGGAGAAGUACAACUUGAAGGCUCCCAAAUCGUGGAAACUUUGUCGUACGCAUACCUCGGACGUUCUAUGAGCAUGCAAAAUCACUGCAAGGAAGAACUGAAUAAAAGAAUGAGAGUAACAUGGGCGGCGUUCGCACCCGUCAGGAAAGCCACGGACCAACUGACGGACCAUGAUCUUCGUGCCCAUCUGCUUGACUCGACAGUUCUUCCAGCGCUCUGUUACGCAGCGGAGACGUGGGCAGACACCGCUGCCACGUCUAAGAAGCUAAUUACUAUCCACAGAGCCCUCAAGAAACGUCUUCUGGAGUUUAGCCGGCGCCCACAACACCUAGCCGGUCUCCGCAGCUCCGACUUAAGAGAAAUAUCCCGUUUCACUUCGCGACCCACCGGAAUAUAUAUUGAAAGCAAAACAUAG